CCUUUGUGCUGACGUCAGAGCGGGCCGGUCCUCGAGCUGGGCUGGCUGAGCACACUCUGAGCGGCGACAUCCAUUACCCCGGGAAGGAGCAAAAAUGCCUCCCAAAGACCUCGACCCACCCCUAAAAGCUGGUCCAUGGGCGCACGUUGUCGUGUUAUUCCGCUGACACACGAGGAAGAAAAGGACAUGAGUGCGAUAAAAUGGCAGGGUUUUGAAUGUUUGGUUCCUCUGGGUAUCAGCGUGGCGUCGGCGGCGGGUCGUUUCCAAAGUUGUCGAUUAGCAGGGCGCGUGAAGGAUCGGUAUUAAAGGAGCAGUACGCCUCCCGUAUCCUCAAAACAUGGAGAAGCCGCAGAGCGAGCUGGACCGAGACCGACAGUACUGUGAACUUUGCGGGAGGUUUGAUAACCUUCUUAAGUGCGGUAGAUGCCGCAGCUCCUUCUACUGCAGCAAGGAGCACCAGAAGCAGGACUGGAAGAAACACAAGCUCAUUUGUAAGGAGGCGGACAAGCCGCAGCCGCCCGCACAGAAGCCCGAGCAGGCACCGCCGCCCGGGGACGACGAGGCGCCUGAGAAAUGUCGAGAAGAGCAAAGCUCCGAGCAAGCAGAUAUUGCAAACACAAAAGCACUGAGAAUUGAGGUGAGAGCUGGACAUGAUAUGUCCGACAGCACCGCCACACCUAACGGACAGAGCAGCUUAUCCCCGCAGAAACUUGCCAUGGAGUGCAUAGUGCCGUGCAUGAAUAAGCACGGCAUCUGUGUGGUGGACGGCUUUGUAGGAGCAGAGAUCGGGCUGGGCAUUCUUGAAAAUGUCAAGGCCCUGUACGAAACUGGCAAGUUCACAGACGGUCAACUGGUGAGUCAAAAGAGCGACUCCACUAAAGACAUCCGAGGGGAUAAAAUCACGUGGAUCGAUGGCAAGGAACCCCGCUGCGAGAGGAUCCAAUUUCUAAUGAAUCGCAUGGACGACCUGAUCAGACAUUGUAAUGGCAAACUGGGAAACUAUGCGAUAAAUGGAAGAACAAAGGCAAUGGUGGCAUGUUACCCCGGAAACGGGACAGGAUAUGUGCGCCAUGUGGAUAACCCUAACGGCGAUGGACGGUGUGUCACAUGCAUAUAUUACCUUAAUAGAGAUUGGAAUGCCAAGGAACAUGGAGGCCUUCUUCGAAUCUUCCCAGAGGGAAAGGCCCAGUUUGCCGACAUAGAGCCAAAAUUUGACCGUCUGCUUUUGUUCUGGUCGGACAGACGGAACCCUCACGAGGUUCAGCCCGCUUACGCCACAAGGUAUGCCAUCACUGUGUGGUAUUUUGACGCAGACGAGCGAGCCAGAGCUAAAGAAAAGUACUUAACAGGUGCGGGGGAUAAAGGAGUAAAGGUUGAUCUCAACAAAUCGUCAGAUCCCAGCUAGUGGCAUGCACAGUUCCCCUGCAAACAGCCAUUAAGUGCUCUGUCCUAAGAAUGUGGCCUAUAGUGAGCGUGCGAGUGUGUGUUUUAACUGCCAUAUAGCAGAUUUUAGUAUGAGUGGGUGGAAGAUCUGUGCUUAUGGAGAGAGAAAAAACAGACAAAAAUCUGGUGAUUUCUGUUCAUUUUCAGCCAACCUCUGCGACCCAGCGGAACUUGAAUGUCAUAACAUUGUACUGAAAGGGAUAGUAUGUUGUUUUUGCUCUAUUUUCUUUCACCUCUGGUGAAGGAAGCUUAUGUUACAACUGACAUUUUCAGCCAUUUGCUUUGAACAGGUAUUAAGCUCAGAGCAAGUCUUCAUCUUUUUUUUUCUUUUUUUUGCUGUUUAUUUCUUAAAGGUACAGUGUUCUGCAAAUUUGUCAUGUGUUAUGCUUUUCACAAUGAAUCAGCUGUUAUAAUAAGCUACUGUAUGUGCUUAUGUUUGCAGUCAUUUCAGAAAUGAUCUAAAAUUCAGAUUCCCGACAGAACGUCUUAGUUUAAGUUCUUCUGCAGCGCAGUAGAUGCUAAUGGAGGAUACAUGAACUCGCGCUGACUGAUCAUUUGUAUUUUCAGCGUCGCAAUGUGAAUAUGCGCAGAAAUGCAUCUUAAGGCUACCUGAAACGUGAUUUCUGAGUCAGUUUAUUUACGCAUACCAACCUUCCACACGCUGCAUGAGCAAAUAUUUUUAAAGCGUGUUUAAUUUGUUUUAAUCCAGCAUGUCUGGACUAAGCAGUAUUUGAACUCUCUAAGCAAGUGCAAGCCCCCCCC